AUGGAAGAUAAUGAUAAAAAAGAUGAGCACAAAGAAUCACCCCUUAUUCAAAACUGCAAAUGGGGAUAUAUGAAAAUCAAAGGAUUUCCUCCUGGCAAAGAUUUUAAACUUUUUCCAGGGGGCGCUGAAGAAUGGGAUUGGAAUAAAACAAAUACUCGUCAUGUUCCAGGCAUUCAACAAACAGAUGUUGAAGAUUUAAUAGAAAAAGGAGCAAAAUAUAUUGUAUUAUCAAAAGGCAUGCGAAAUCAACUAGAAACAUCUAAAGAAACAAAAGACUUUCUUGAGGAAAAAAAUAUGAAAUUAGAUGUUGAUUAUUUUAUUGAAACAACUCCAGAAGCAUGUAAACGUUAUAAUCAGUUGGUUGAGGAAAACAAACCUGUUGGUGCAUUAUUACAUUCAACAUGUUAA